GGGUCCCCCCGCCCCGCCUUUGCCCUCGCAACCCCGCCACCCCGGGAGCGAGUCAUGGUGGCUGCACUGGUGGCGGCGUGGCUGCUCCUGGCGGCCGCGGCCUGCGCGCAGCGGGAGCAGGACUUCUACGACUUCAAGGUGGUCAACAUCCGGGGCAAGUUGGUGUCGCUGGAGAAGUACCGCGGGUCGGUGUCCCUGGUGGUGAACGUGGCUAGCGAGUGUGGCUUCACAGACCAGCACUACCGCGCCCUGCAGCAGCUGCAGCGGGACCUGGGGCCCCACCACUUCAAUGUGCUUGCCUUCCCCUGCAACCAGUUUGGCCAGCAGGAGCCCGACAGCAACAAGGAGAUCGAGAGCUUCGCCCGCCGCACCUACAGUGUCUCUUUCCCCAUGUUUAGCAAGAUUGCAGUCAUCGGCACUGGUGCCCACCCUGCCUUCAAGUACCUGACCCAGACUUCUGGGAAGGAGCCCACCUGGAACUUCUGGAAGUACUUAGUGGCCCCAGACGGGAAAGUGGUAGGGGCUUGGGACCCAACCGUGUCGGUGGAGGAGAUCAGGCCUCACAUCACAGAACUCGUGAGGAAGCUCAUCCUGAAGAAGCGAGAAGACCUGUAACCACUUUCCCUCCUCUCCCACUGUCGCCUUCGCCCCCCCAUCUUGCAUGGGUGACCAAAGCAAACUCAAAUGGUGCUUCAGAGGGAGAGCCCAUUGACUCCUCCCUCCAUUCUUAUUCCUCCUAGUCCAUCACUCCUGCAGGGGAAUAAUUCUAGUAUUUUGAUGAUUUGAAUCUUAGAGCAACCACUAGGAACUCCUGGCCAAUGAGAGCUCUUGACCAGUGAAUCACCAGCCAUUAAGAACCUCUAGCCCAUGAAAACAUGUGGCAAAUAGAAGUAUAUCAAGCAAUAAUCUCCUACCUAUUAAGAACUCUGUAAAAUGGGGCCAAUUCCUACCUCACAGGGCUGUUGUGAGGAUUAGGAUGAAAGACCUAUGAAUGUGCCCGGGGCAGUGCCAGCUCAAUAGGAGGCAUUCAAUAAAUAUUUUUUGCAUAUAAACCAAAAAAUAACUUGUGAUCAAUAAAAACUUGCACCCACAUGAACUUCCAGCCAUUGACAAUCCAGGCUAGACAUUUAUAUGUUGUUGUUGUUGUUUUCCUGUGUAUUCUUUUUUUAAUUACAAAAGUAAUUCAAAUUCAUUAUAAGAUAAUACAGGGUGAUGUAAAAU